AUGGAGGCCGCGGUGCGAACACCGCCAGUAGUACAAGAACUGCAGCAGCAGCUCCAGGAUCAGCAAGGGGAAGCCGCCGCUCAACCGAGAGAAAUCCAAGAACUGAAGCGCCUUGAGCAAAGCCAAAAGCAAACCAAGGCACAUUUGUGGAACGUUCGAGCCGCGAGCUACAACGCGCGUUGUGUCUCGGUAUCCCUGGAAUCUGAGCCUCCUUUUCGACCCUUUCAAAAGGCCAACGCGGGACUUGGGACGCCUCUGCCCAACGCGCCGCUGCCUCGUCAAGAACUCCCUGAGCUCGAAGUCGGAGAGGUGAUUCCGGCAGAGUUCUUCCCUGAGAACCAGACCGCGUUGAUGGGGUGGAGCCAUGAACAAAUCAACGCGCUUAGUAUCCUCGCGAACGAUGAUUUUAGCAUCAUUACGAGCGAUCGAGUUCUUCAACGCCGGUUGAAAGUGGAGCGUUACCUGACCGGCUAUCCCAUUCACAGCGAAAUCAACUUGAGGAUCAAGGCUUGGACGAAGAAUAAGUCGCUGAAGGUGGGUCAAGUCGGUUCUACGAGCUCCCACUAUUCGCAAAGGAGAACUGCCACCGGUGCUGCUAAGAAUAAUACCGUAGUUCUCAAAAAAGAACUUCAACGGAAUCAAAUCACCGACUGGAAGGUCUUCACAAGACAGCGGCGCGAGAUCCGCGUUGGCCGUUUUGAAGGGUGGAAAAAGGAGGUUCCUGCUUCACCCGUUGUAGUUCGCAGCUACACUACUUUGCUCGAUGUUCAGGCUGUCCGUGUCAGAGCUUGCACGGCAAUAUCUGAGAAAUUACCAUUAGGGGAUCGUCAGGGCCAACGACAGAAAGUGAUUCAACAGUUCUUUGUUGUAGUUUCUGAAUUGCGCGCUCCCGCGCACACAGGGGCCGUGGUCUAUCCUGCAGAACCUUUCCACUCAAGGUAUGGGGAUUGGGAGUAUAUUCCCGGUGGUUCUAGAACUCGCCUGGAACGCGAGCUAAGUCAACGGGUGGAGCUUGAAGCCGCGACACGCAAGAGGAAAAUACAAGAACUGCAACAGCAACUCCAGGAGCAGCAGAACCAAUUGAUGGAACAAAUCCGAAAGGAAGCUGCAGUUCAACACCGCGAACUCGUAUGUUUGGCGCUGUGUGCCGAACGCCUCGAGCGGAGACAGAAGCAAAUUGAUUCGCACUUGUGGAACAUCCGAGCUGCGAACUACAACGCGCAUUGCGAGUCGGUCUCGGUGCCGCCAGUGUCAGAGCCCCCACUCCACCCCUUCAAGAAGAGCAAGAGGGGAUUCGGGACGCCUCUGCCCAAUACCCCGCAGCCUCGCCACGCAAUCCAUGGGAUCGACGUCGGAGAUGUGAUUCCGUCAGAGUUCUUCUCUGAGAACCUCACGGCGUUGAUGAAGUGGGCCCACGAACAAAUCAACGCGCUCAACAUCCUCCUGAACUUACCAUCUACCCCAUCCGUCAAAACUAAUGAGUGCAUUUCCCAAGAAAUCGGGGGGAGGGGGGGGGGAUGUGAGAAAUUUGGUGAAAGGGAGAAAAUUGAAGUGUUGAAACGAGCUACUAGUACAAGCUCCCAGAACUACCAACUCUCAAAGUUGUCCGCUGUUGCCAAGAUGGAUUCAGAACGAGAAAGCUAUCAUGGAUUUCCUAAAUGA